AUGAGUGAUCUCUCGUUAGAGUCGGACAAUGUUUCGCUUUCGGACUCAAUCUUCUCCAACAGUUCUGUGGAAGGGGUGGCGACCAAAAGGGGAGAAGUGAUUGAUAUGUCCCGUUGGAGGGAUCAGACGAUGACCAAAGUGGUCGUCUGGAAGGGCAAGGGUUGGUCCACACCUAUGAACGGCGAUCUCGUGUCCAUCCAUUACACCGCCAAACGAGAGGACGGAUCAGUGUUUGACUCGUCUCGCAAACGGAACCAAGUCUUCACAUUCACUGUCGGACGCAAACAAGUGAUCAAAGGUCUGGACGUCGCUAUCAAAACCAUGAAGUGGUCAGAGGUUUCAAACUUCACGUUUUCGGGCGAAUAUUCUUUCGACGAAACCAAUUGUCCGGAAGGGAUGGCUCCGGGCGCUCGUGUCUCCUACGAAGUCGAGCUCUUUUACUUCAAACUCAUUGAUCUGACGAAGAAAAAAGACGGAGGACUCACGAAGAGAAUCAUUACUCCCGGAAAUGGACACGAAUUGGCGAUCUUUGGCUCUAAAUGUGACGUCCAUUUUGUGGGCAAAUAUGAAGACAAAGUGUUUGAAGAGCGAAGUGUGAGCUUUACUGUCGGCGAAGCGGAAGUGAAAGAAGUGAUUGAAGGCAUUGAGAAAGCGGUCACCAAAAUGAGGAAAGAAGAGAAAUGCCUUCUCUUUGUGAAACCCGAAUACGCUUUCGGACCGAAAGGCAAACCAGAGUUCGGUAUUCCCGACGGCUAUCGAGAAGUGGUUUACGAAAUCACUUUAAAAGACUUCACCGAAGCUAAAGAGCCGUUCCAGUUGUUGGACAGACAAAAGUUGGCCACAGCAGAGGUGUUGAAGACUAAGGCCAACGAUUACUUCAAUCAAUGCAAGUAUUCAUUGGCUGUCAAACAAUACAAACGAAUGGUGAAAGUGUUGAGACACGACUCCAAAUACGAAAGGUUUCGUUUCGACGCUCCGUCGGAGAUGAGACCCGAAGAGUACGGCCCCGAAAGGGAUCGACUUCUUUACAUCGCUUAUCAGAAUUUGUCAAAUUGUUAUCAAAAGAUGAAUCAAUUGGACGAUUGUCUUCAAUGCGUUCAAUUGGCGCUAAAACUGGAGCCACAGAAUCCCAAAGGUCUGUACCGUCGAGGAAGGGCUUACUAUGAUCUCCAUGAAUACAAGUUGGCAAGAGAUGACUUCCAGAAGUCACUAGAAUUUGGUCCCAACAAUAAGUCGGCCCAAAAUUACAUCGCUCUUUGCAAUAAUGCCAUCAAAACUAACGCAACGAAAGACAGGCAAAUGUUUAGCAAAUUGUUAGAGAUGACUUCCAGAAACAGGCAAAUGUUUAGCAAAUUGUUCACCGAUUCAAAGCCAAAGUCCAGUUUUGAUCUCAAAGAAUUCGGCGACGCUCUGGACAUCGAAGAAUACGGUAGUGAAGUGAAGGACACCACCGCUUCCACAUCCAAAGCUUCUUCCAAUUAA